AUGCGGCCAACGUUGCUGCAGCUUCUGCAGCUUGGACUACUCUCACAAUGUCUCUCACAGGUUCGAUCUGAGGCAGAGUGCCCGAGCAAUGCAGGGAGGCUCUCCCUCCGGGAAGCUCGGAGUCCGUUGACCGAGCUUCACGGCCGGGACGAGGCCAAGGCAAUGAUGCGCGAAGCAGUGACACUGCCGUUGCGCAUGGCUGAUGUUUUAGACUUCGAGCGGAUUUUCUGGCGCUCCGCCGAGCGCAAAGCCUUGCUGGUGUCGGGCCCGGCGGGCUGUGGCAAGCGCGCGCUGGCAGAGGCAGCAGCAGCUGAGGCGGGCGCGCAGGUUUUGCACCUUGCCGCACGUGAUGCCAAGACAUCGGACUUCUGCAGGACUGCUUUAUCCACAUCUUCCACAUCAAAGAAGCCUGUCAUGGUGCUGAUCGAGGGAUUAGAGAUGGAGCCAGAGGCAGCUUCCACAAUUGGCCACUGCCUCACGGAGGUUGCCAGGGAGCACCAACGCAUUGCCUUCGUUGCAAGCGCCAGUUCUGAACCAAGCAGCUUCCUUCAUCCAAUUGAGCUCUUCCCCUUUGGCUGGGUGCUGCAAAUCCCAGCGCCUGGCCAGGCAGAGCGGAAACAAUUUCUGUUGAAGCUGCUGGCACAAGUCUCCCGUGUGGAUGCGGUAUGGGGAUCAGCCUUGAGAGAAUCGGCAGUGGACACAUUGGCCAACCUCACGGAGAACUACACCUUCGCAGAGAUGGACUUUGUCGUCCGGCGGGCCUUCCUGCGAAGUAGCAACGAAGAGGGAGGCCGAGAUCCUGUCGCCCUGCACCAUUUCGAGAAAAUCUUGGCAGAGACGCCAGCUCAGAGUCUCAGAGCCUAUGAGCAAGGCUUCUCUGGUCGAAGACCCGUGGCCUUCAUGACUGACACAGCGAGUGUCAGCGAAGACCCAAAGAAAGAGAAGAAGUCAGCGCCGAAAAAGAAGAAGGAUGGCAAGGAUCCGAUGGAGAGCAUUUUUGGAUGGCCCGCACAUUCAGUAUGUACUUGA